CCAUCUAAAAAGCGCAUAAUAGCAAUGACAGUACAUGUUCAUUUAAGGCAAAAGCGCAUGUUAGCAUAAAAAUCGUACCUUUAUCGUCUUCUUUCCGUGUCUCUCUGUAAAUCUUCCUGUUUAAGCGAAGGCGACGAUACUAUUUCAAUCCCCCACCCAACUUCCCCUUUCAACGCAUUAUCAACAUCUCUCUCUCUCUCUCUUAGCGAAAACAAAAUUCUCUCUUUGCAUGAUGGGAUUGCUCGAUCUGGAGAAGCACUUCGCCUUCUACGGCGCUUACCACAGCAACCCAAUCAACAUCGUAAUCCACAUCAUCUUCGUAUGGCCAAUCGUCUUCACAGCCUUGCUUCUCCUCUACCCCGCGUCCCCAAUUUACGACCUUUCUCAAUUAGGGUUUCCUCAGUCGAUGACCCUCGACGGCGUUCUGAGGUUAAACGUUGGGUUUGUCGUCACGGUGGCGUAUGCUCUGUUCUACAUCUGUUUGGAUAAAAAAUCUGGGUUCGUAGCGGCUCUCAUGUGUUUCGCUUGCUGGGUUGGUUCCAGUGUCCUCGCUGAUCGAUUAGGACCUUCUCUUGCCGUAAAGGUUGGAUUAGCAUCUCAGCUGUUAUGUUGGACCGGGCAGUUUCUUGGCCAUGGAUUAUUCGAGAAACGAGCACCUGCGCUAUUAGACAAUCUAGCCCAAGCUUUUCUAAUGGCUCCUUUCUUCGUGUUACUUGAGAUUCUUCAAUUGGUUUUCGGGUAUGAGCCAUAUCCAGGUUUUCAAGCUCGCGUGAACGCCAAGGUAGAAAGUAGCAUAAAGGAAUGGAGAGAAAAGAAGCAGAUCAAGUAGACUAAGCUCACAUAAGCUUUGGAUCAUAUAAACCUAAACCCAUUGUAAUGUUUCUAUGUUAAAGUUCCACAUAAUAACAAGACCACCAAUUGAUGGAUUUGUGUAUAACUAUGUUUCAAUAUAUCGAACGGAACUUGAAAAUGAACAAUA